ACUUAAAAAAACAAACCCCAAAUUAUUAUAAUCCCGAUGGAAAUUUUAUGCGAUUAUUUAUGCAGAGAAUAAUGUAUUAUUAGUAUAAUUAUUAAUAAUGGCUCCUGGACGGCACGCUCUCGAUACUUGUGGGAAUAGACGGGUUAGCAAUUGGAUAAUGAUGAUGAUGAUGAUGAUUAUUAUUAUUAAUAUAAUACUGUCAGGCUGAAACAAAAAGUAGACAAUUUAUGUUCCACAGAAAAACAAAACGCAAAACAAUCCGCCAAACAACGCCUCUGUCCAUCUCGGAAACAUAACCGAUGGGGAACACAAGUUGAAGCAAAUAGUUCCGAUUAGGGGAAAAAAAUAGCCAAUGCGCCCUUUCCACUUUACCCAACACAUCUGACAUCGACCAGCAUUCGACUCUUCCUGUUUUCUGUCGACCGCGUCCAGUUGCCAAACCCGGAUUGCCACUCAGCACGGGAGUGUUGUAUUAGCAUGGCGCGGAUGUGCUUCUAGCUACGUUUGUGUUAUUAUGAUAACGAUGGAGAACAUCGAAGAGUCGUCUUCGCCCCUCCGUAUCACUCCCACGGUCCGAGCGCUGAGCUCCGCACUGCGGACCACGCGUGGAAAUGCCCAUGACUCUGGCCGGAGGGACAGCGAGAGGAUGUUCCCAGAGCCGGAGAAGGAGAAACUGUGGUUCAAGGAGAGCAGCGCCAAGAACCUCCGAACACGAGACUUCUUGUCACCGAGUAGCAUGCUCAACACGCUCUAUGCGGACGGACAGGUGCCUCCGGCAGUGAUGUCCAGGAUUCUGUCGGUACAAGGCUGUGGGGUUCUCCCUGUGGCAGGCGGGGAGGUGGUGGAUGAAGGUCUGAGGGUGAGGGUGGACCGUGCCGCCGCCUUCAAGGCUGUACUGGACGGCGGAGCUACCGAGUACCUGGCGCCCUCUGCUCAGAGGCAAGGCUGCGUGCUGCUCAACUGUCCGGCCCUGCACCCAAAACCUGAACCCCCGACUCCUGAUAGCCUCAGUCUGGGACAACUCAGGACCAUUCUGCUGGCCGACCACAUGGGGUCGCUGUUGAGAGGACAAGGCUUUACAGUGUCCCUGUGCCCCCUGCUGCCCGAAGACAGCAGCAUUGUCAACUUCCUCUGCACUCUGGGCAUCGACUGGCCAACAUCCCCAGCCUGUUGGACCAAUGAGGGGCGGGAGGAGAAGAUCCAGGAAGCGCUAGAGAAGUCGCCAUACAGAGAGAGGGAAAUUGAGAGAGACAGAAGGAUGAGCGGAGGGCCAGGCAGGAAGAAGGUAGACAAGGGCGAGAAUGAAGGAGCAGUCAGGAUAAACUUAAAACGAGUGUUCCAGGAUGAGGGGCUACAAGGGUAUGAUCCUAGUCUGGGAACCUGCACAGUCCACAGAGACAGCGUUUCGCAUCUGGCACAACUGGACCUCGCCGCAGCUGACUGCACCGUUGCCGUGGCAACAGCGUUGCACGUGACUUCCUGCCAGGAUGAGUUCCGCCAGCAGCAGAUCGCGAUGCUGUGGAGAGCCAGCGGGGCGACGCACACUCAGAGACAUCUGGUGUGUGGGCCUGUCAAGACUCCUUCUUCUCAACUCUCUUGUGCACAGUAUCUGCAGCUGAGAAGAGGUCAAAUGAAAGAGGCUUCAGAGAUGAAGUAUGGAGAUCAAGUUGAAGGUCAGACAUGGGAUGACAUCAUCAGGGUCAUGAGCUCGGCCACAAUCAGAUUUGAGCUUCUCUCAACAGUGCACAGCAGUCCGGUCACUUUGGAUGUCCAGAGAGAAGGCGGCGUGUCCACCAAGGGACCGAGAGGUGGCGUGUUUGUGAUGUACAACUGCGCCAGACUGCACACACUGUUCGAUAGUUACGAUCGCGGAGUGGAAAAAGGUUUGUACCCAGAAAUCCCUGAUGGCUCAGAACUAGACUUUUCUGCCCUCAAAGAAGAGGGUGAGUGGCUCCUCCUCUUCAAUUACCUCAUUCCCUUCUCUGAAUUGCUGGACCAAUCGGGACAGGUGUUGGACUGCGAAGGGGGAGGGGCUCGAGUCAAUCUCAAAACCGAGCAGAUUUGUAAGUUUCUGGUGUCUCUCAGUAAAGACUUCAGCUCGUACUACAACAGAGUCCACGUCCUGGGGGAGCCUUUGCCUCAUCUCUUCAACCAGAUGUUCUGCCGCCUGUAUCUGUUGAGAGCCUUGCGGGAGCUCUACCACAGUGCUCUGGAAACCCUCAACCUUCCUCCUAUUCGGCAACUAUAGCCUCCACGCCGUGCGCAUCACUCGGCCCCGCCUGCCACUCACCUGUAGCCUCUGUGUUCCACCAGGAGACAAUAUUGCUUCCCUGUCCCCUUUUUUUUUUUUUUUUUUUAACGAUCAAAUGAAAGUUCGUUUUGACUGGCUCCUGAAGCCUGACGCCACAUAGUUGUGUGUCUCCACAGUCCUUACAGCUGUUUCAAUGUCUUCUUCAUGUGAUGCCAAAUGCCUGCCCUAAAAAUGUAUUGUUUUUCAAAUCCUUCUUCUUACCAAGUAUAUUGUGUAACCAACAAACAAAAUCUGCUUUCAAUGAGCCAUUCUCCCAAAUCCAUGUGAUUUAUCUACCCACUAUUUAUGAAUGCCAUCUAAAUAUUUAUUACAAACAUUAAAAAGGCAUGUACAGCAUUCAUCAUGCAGUAUAUAUCUUACAUAGCCACCCUCAUCAGGAUUUCUUCUGACCGUUAGGAUCAUGCACGAAAUAGCAUGAGCAUACUGUAUUGUAUAUGAAGAUUUUUCUUUUUCAAAAAUAAUUAUUUAUAAAUGUCGGAAAGUCGAACGUCGUGAUUUAUUAUUGAUGCGUCAGUGUUCCCAAGUGAUUGUGUUGCCAUUUCACCUUGGCUCAAAUGUGCCAUUGUUUGUUUUCAAAACUAUGCCGCAACCAAACGUCACUUCUCACUGCAUGAAAUUAAAUGUUUAUUGUCCCUAA